GCACAAUUGAACACACAUCUUAUCCAAAACACAAGAAAUCUAAAGAGUGAAAGAUAGCCAAUAAGUGACUCAACAUGGAGUACUUGGCUACUACACUCUUCUUCUUCUUUGCUCUUCUAAUCACAAACACCCAAAGUGCUAAGCCAUCAUUAUUAUGCCCCUCUUCGAAGCCCGACUCCUCUGAUCUAUCCAUCUUGCACAUCUAUGGUGGUUGCUCACCCUUCAAGGCUCGAAAACCCGAACCAUGGUCCAACAUUGUCCUUAACAUGGCCUCUAAAGACACUAAGAGGGUUGCAUACUUGGACUCUUUAGCGGCCCGAAAGACUUCCGCCCCGAUAGCGUCGGGCCAACAAGUCCUUAACAUAGGCAACUACUUGGUCCGGGCCAAGAUCGGGACUCCGGCCCAACUCAUGUUUAUGGUUUUGGACACGAGUACGGAUAAUGCAUGGGUCCCUUGCACGGGCUGCCUAGGUUGUUCCCCUAAUACUUUCUUCCCUAAUUCUUCGUCGACUUUCGGGCCGAUGGACUGUUCUUCGGCCCAAUGUACCCAAGUCUAUGGGCUUAUUUCAUGCCCAACAACCGGGUAUGGAGCUUGUCGAUUUAAUCAAUCGUAUGGUGGAGAUUCAUCUUUGUUAGCGACACUAUCACAUGACUCUUUGUCAUUUGACAAAGAUGUUAUUCCUAAUUAUGCAUUUGGGUGCAUUAAUGCUGUUUCAGGCAACUCAAUCCCACCACAAGGCUUAUUGGGCUUGGGCCGUGGGCCCUUAUCAUUAACCUACCAAUCAAAAUCUCUUUACAAUGGAAUCUUCUCUUAUUGCCUACCAAGCUUUAAGUCCUACUAUUUCUCCGGGUCACUCAAGCUCGGCCCAACGGGCCAACCUCGAUCAAUUAAAACCACCCCACUCCUCCAAAACCCACACCGGCCCUCACUCUACUACGUAAACUUAGUCGCAGUGAGUGUGGGCCGGGUCCAAGUACCCAUCCCACAACAACACUUAACAUUCGACCCCAACACCGGGGUCGGGACCAUCAUCGAUUCGGGUACCCUCCUAACCCGGUUUGUCGGGCCCGCUUACUACGCGAUCCGAGACGAGUAUAGGAAGCAAGUCCAAGGACCAUUUAGCUCAAUUGGAGUGUUUGAUACAUGUUUCCCUGUGAUUCAUGAGCAAGUGCCCCCCACAGUGACCCUACAUUUUGAAGGGUUAGACUUAAAAUUACCAAUGGAGAACACUUUGAUCCAUAGUAGUGCUGGUAACAUGGCUUGCUUAGCAAUGGCGGCAAAUAGCGUGAAUUCUGUGAUCAAUAUAAUAGCAAGUUGGCAACAACAGAACCUUAGAGUUCUGUACGAUACUGCCAAUUCUCGCAUAGGAUUUGCUCGUGAAAUCUGUAACUAAAAGUAGUUACUGACUUACUGCUAGCAGUUAAACUUUCUGGAGUAAUAAGCAAGGUUGUACUUGUACGGUUGUACCACAUUACGAGUAUUACCAAAGUAAUACUACUACUAUAUAUCAACUCCCAAAACUAAAAAGAAAGGGAUGUAGUUGGUAGUACUAGAAACUUUCAAUUAUUUUUUUACCUCAUCUUGUAGUUUAUUUGAUGGAAAGAAAUCAAUUGUUGUCAUGUUAUGAAAAAUUCUAUGUUUUUGCA